AUGGAAGCAAACCAGUUAUACGGUUUGUUUACACUUGUUUUUAUUCUAUUAUUGUCAGUGACUUCGACAGUGACAUCCAAGGACGAGGUUGUUUCCUGUACAAUGUGUUCUUCCUGCGACAAUCCUUGUAACCCCGUCCAAUCAUAUCCUCCCCCUCCUCCGCCUUCUCGUCCACCACCUUCACCAUCAACCACCACCGCAUGUCCACCACCUCCUUCUCCUCCGAGCUCCGGCGGUAGUGGUGGUGGUAGCUCUUACUAUUACCCUCCUCCUUCACAGUCCGGUGGCGGAAAAUACCCUCCUCCGUACGGUGACGGUGGUCAAGGCUAUUACUAUCCUCCACCGUAUUCAGGAAACUAUCCUACUCCACCUCCGCCUAAUCCCAUCGUCCCUUACUUCCCGUUUUACUAUCAUACGCCACCACCAGGUUCUGGAGCAGAUCGGUUUAUGGGUUCUAACUCUAUUCUCUUUGCUCUUUUCGCCGUCUUUCUCUGUUUGGUGUGACGGAAAAUAGUCAGAGUUGGCCGGAAAAUAUCAAGUAAUGUGGCAGAUCGGUAGAUCUACAAUAGUCUUUGAAGGUUUUAGAUAUCUUUGGUGUUGGAUCAAAUGAUUAUCUUUUACUUUCUUUAACCUUUUCUUGUAUGGACAAUUUGUAUUUAAUUUUUCUUGUUAAUUAACAUUUUGGUUACUAGCUAUUCAGAAAUAAAGUAUUGUUACUUUCUAUGCAUUAGCUAUUCAGAAAUAAAAUAUUGUUACUUUCUAUGCAUUAUCUCUCCUUCUCCUCUCCAUGUACUGUAUGGUUGAUGUAUUGCUCUUUAAGUAGUUUACACUCAACUUGUUGGUUUCAUCUUAGCAUUAUUUUGUCGGUUGAACUUUAUUUACGCUGAGAAUUCUAUUUUUAUAUCUCAACUCGUUAAUUA